GAUAAGCUAUCAUGUGAUGAUGAAAAUGGAGUCGAAGAAUUGAAACAGUAUGGCAUUUUUUCAAAAAUUACUAAAUCCACGAAAAUUUGGUAGACAAAACAGCCGAAAACCUUCAUACUGCGAUCCUAAAAAUGAUGCCUCGGAAUUUAAGAAUUUGAGUUUGUUUACAUUUUGUGUCCUGCAUGGUUGGAAUGGGCACAAGACAAGCAUGUGACCUAAAUCAGUUGCUGACAACUUGUCAACAUUAUACUGACAAUGAAUGAUUUCAUGACUGAUAUCAUAUAGAGAUGUGGAAAAUAUCUUGAAGUAUUCUUUUGACUUAAAUAGACAAUGAAAAUGCCGGUAAUAAAUGGAUUAGUGUUUCCAGCGGACUACUAUGCCUCUCUGAAGGAAAAAUUUUUGCAUAAUGAUACCUCCAUUAAAAGUUGGAAGAAGCCACAAUUUGAUGAAAAGUCCGUCCGAUUGGUUUUGUUCCGCGACAGUGAUGGAAAGGGUAGACAGAUUAUCUUUGAUUCUAAAUGUGUAAAGGAAGAGGAAAAGAGCUGCAGAUGGGGUAAAUGCCGUCCUGGUCAGAAACUCAAUGUUGUAGCUGAAGGCCAAGUUCCAAAGAAUGUCACAAAUCAGAAAAUUCACAACUAUCAGCCCACAAAAACUGGUUCAGAUGGGAAAAAGUUUGAAGAAGUCAUGUUUGGUGCAGAGGGUGUGGCCUACAGAGGAACCUCCCUCAAAGUUCAUGUUGUCAGAUCUCCACCAGAACUUAUCCUCACAAAGGUAUUCAUUCCUGAGAAGCCUAAGAGACUUUCAGUUGCGGAUGAAGAUUCAUUGAACUUUUCAAGUGCGCCUGACCUUACUGCACCAAGGACUAUAUCUCAGGACAGUAGAGAAAACAGUUUAGGUGUUGCUCAGAGUGUUCCAGUGGAUGUCCCGUCUCCGUCACCGAGGUACAGCUGGAUGAUGAGAAGUGUGGAUUUGAUAGAUGAGGACAGUGGACUUGCUUCUUUAAACUCAAGUGGAAGUUUCCAUGCAACGUAUCCAUCCCCAGGCAGCAGUAGCAGUGGAUGUAAUAGUUUAACUCGUGAAAGGAGGUAUCACCGAGGACAACAUUUCUCUCUUGAAAGUUGUGGACGGAGAAAAAGCCAGCAAGACAUUUUGGCAGAGUUCAUGUCACCAGGUAGAUCAAAGAAAUGUAAAAUGGCACUGGGAAUUAUCUUUGGUACAAUAGAUGAGAAUAACCCAGAAGCAAAUCGGUUAUUUGAGAACUUUUUCUUCUCGCAUAUUGCUUUGUUUGAAAGCCACUUAGAAGAAUUGAGACAAAAUGUUGAGAAAGCUUACUACAGUGGAAAGACCCAUCUUUUCCUGUCAGGGUUAAUAGAGUCAUUUGAUUGUUUUAAGCGUGACAUUGCGGACCUGUACACAGCACCACGGCUGUCAGAACCUGUCUGGCUAAAUAUGAUGUCUUAUAGCAGCUACAGAUACAUGCUCUGUGAUAAAUUCCUAAAAGAAUUUGUUUUCCUGGUCAACAAAUAUGAAAAUAAAUCCACUAACUUCUUUAUGAGUACUCUCAUCACUGCGGUGCUGACUCAUCAUUUAGCCUGGGUACCUACUGUGAUGCCGGCAGGUGGUUCACCGUCGGCAACAUACCUUGAUAAACAUUCCGCAAAGUGGGUCGACACACUAGCCAAAUCUCAUCCUUAUAACCCUCUCUGGGCCCAACUUGGGGAUUUAUACGGUGCCAUAGGAUUUCCACUAAAACUGUCAAGAACUGUUAUAGUUGGGAAAAAGGCAGAUCUAGUGAAAAAGAUUCUCUACAUACUUACUUACUUCAUCAGAUGUAGUGACAUUCUAGAAGCUACAGAACAGGGUUGCCUAGAGACAUACCUUGAGAAAUUAAAUUUCUCAGCAGAAAGUCCAUGUGAUAGUGAUAAAAAUUUGGUGCAGUGUGCACAGAGUCCUUCAAACGAUGGUGAUAAUAGAACACUUGAGCCAUCGAGUCCUACACCAGUGAAUUCCUAUGCUAAAAUCCCAUUUUCAGAAAUAAAUGAAAUUGAUUUACCGCCUUUUCAAUCAAUGAGAUUGGACUCUUUAUUGAGUGACAGGGCAAAAUCUGUGUCAAAUGAUUCGGAAAGAGAUUGCAAUAGUAAUAACCAGGGAAUUGACAAUGUGUCAAGUAAAGGGAGACUUUGCCAGGCUUGUGAAAGCAACAGAAAUUCUCAGGACCUCGAAAGCAAUAGGUUUGGCAAAAGUAUUUUUUAUGUGAGUUCUGAUACUUGUUUCUGUGAUAAAAAUAAUACCGGUGAAACUUCAGAUUGUGAAAACAGGGAUCCUACUGAUAAACAGAAAUUGCAAAGAAAGAAGGAUAGCUUGAGACUAAGUUUGAAAAUUCCGAACGACGAAUCUCAAAAUACUCAGUAUUUUUCAUGUAACGGGAAUUUGAAUGAAAGUGGAAAUGUUAAUGUUGCAAUGGAAAGAUGUAAACUUUCCAUGGCUGAGAUUGUUGAAGAUGCAAAAGUUGAGAAAGCUGGUCAUAGUCGUAAAGCAGUUGAUAUUAAAGUUACAAAUAUGCUACCUCCAGGUGAAAAGGAUAUGAAAAUUCCUCAGCACGUGGGUAAAGUGCUUUCACAUGAAGAAAUCAAGUCAAUUUUCAGGGAAAAAGGAAGUGAUAGUAUGUUUAAUGAAUAUUUUGAUGAGGGAAUAGAAACGAAAACCAUCGAUGAAGUUGACGAAAAAGACAGAGUUGUUGCAUUGCCCCCAAAGAAAUACCGAUAUUUAUCAGGGGAGACUACUCCAUGCUGGAAUGACGAUGACCCAAAUAAAGCCCCCUCUCUUCCAGAUCUAACAGCAGUUAAAACAGACUCUAGUCAUGGUAAAGGGGAUAGUGAAAGAUCUCAUAGGGUCCGUCUUGGUUCAUUAGAUCAGUCAUAUAAACAUCGAAGAUUUUCCCUCUCAAGACAGAUUUCAGAAUCUUCAAAUAAAAAUCUGCCAGGACGAUGCAGGCCAGUAACACCAACAGAGCUGGGAAAGAGACGUCAUAUGUCUUCUAUGAGCAGUUUUGAUUUUGACCUCAUGGAUCCGCGGGCUUAUUGCCAGGAACUACCUUUACCUGUCUUGAGCCCAGAAGUUAGCUGCAGUAGUCAGAAAGAAGUUGACAAGAAUUUUGGUCGCUCACUCCUGGCUGAUUACUCUGACCACUACAUGUCAGACUUUGUGCUGCAUGGAACAUCAGAUAAAGAUUUUGAAGAGAAGAUGGCCAAAGAUAUCAAGAUGGCUCUUCAGUAUUCUGUGUUGGAUGAACCAAUAGGAGAAGCUGUGUGUGUGGUGGCUGACACAGACAACUGGUCAGUGAAUGUGUAUAGCAGUCAGCAUAUAGAUAAAGCAGGCAGUGGACCACAUACAUGUGUAGCCUCACAACUUAUCUCAAACUGUAUAGAAUCUGUAGUCAGUAUGGCAAAGCUCAAGAUGAGCCCGGAAUUUUGUAUCAUGCAUUUAGAAGACCGCCUACAAGAAAUUUACUUCAAGAGUAAAAUGAUGGCGGAAUGUUUGAAGAAAAACAAGAAAGUAUCAGAUCUGCUUGCCAUGUAUAGAUUAGAAAGGAGUGAUCUCCCCUUACUAGUUGCAAUUUCUGGAACACACACACCAAAUUUUCCACUAGUUUGUCUGUCCUGAUACUAGAACUAUGAAGUAGGAUGAUGAAUCACAAGCAAGAACAGAAGUAAAUAAGGUAGCAGAGAAGCUCAACCCGGAGCUGCUGACCUUGAAAAAAGUAUUGUUAUUUCCCCUGGAGGAAAGGGACUUGAAAAUCAAACAGUAAAAAGCCGCAUGCUUUGUUUAAGACUAAGAUGAUACAAAAGUUCAGGGGUAAAAAUUACGUUGUACAUUUUUGUGACAGAAAAAGUGUUUGGUCAGAGAAGCCUCAAGAUAAGUAGUUGACUAGUUGAUGUUUGAUUGUAAAGUUAAGGGGAGAUAACUUCAGAUGUAUGCUGCUAUACAGUCUCAGAGAGAAAGGAUUUUCAGAAAAAUGUAUAAUAUGUUUAGUUGAUAUUUAGUGGUGCUAUUGACAGUAAAAGCUAUAUUGGUAGAUAUUUAGUUAUAACGUUUUGUGUUACAUAUUAAAAACUGCCGAGGUUUAACCAAGUAAUUAUGUCUUUUCAUACCUUUGUAGGCUUUUGCAGAAAGCGAGAAAACCUGUCUGUAUGUAAAUGUAAACACUUCACAGCCAUUGACUGAAGGGUUUUUCAAGUAUUAAAUCUGAAUUUUACAUGAUCGUAUAGUGUACUAGCUUGAAUUCCGUUGUUGAAAUGCAUUUGCUUAAGAGAAGGUGCUAGUGUAGUGUUUAGUAUCUCUUUUUUUCUAAUGGCAGUCUAGAAUGCAGCAGUAUUAAUUAGGAAAUAAUUAUCUUAUACCUGGAAUGUGUCUUUUAUGAAUAUAAAAUGUUUUGCUUUAAAGCGUCUUCAUUUAUUUGUGUGUAAUUGUAACACUCAAAGUGUUGUAUGUUUUUGUGGAAUUAGGUGGUAACACUUAACCUUUAGCCUGCUGGCGGCAUGUGAUUCUGCAUCAUUUCACUAUUCAGUCAGUAAAUUUCAAUGAACACCCAUGCGAAUAAUAAAUGGUACUGCCCAUAUUGAAUGAUAGGCCAGUCCAUUUCAGAAACUUAGCAGGGUAAAGGUUUAAAAUGCUGCAUGGACUGAAAUUUCAUGUUUUAUUUCACUACUGGAUUGUGUAAUAAUUGUAUGUUUAUAUUGCUUAGCAACUGCAAUAGUGCAGCUAAGUUGUUGAAAUACACAAGCUCAAGAGGUCAUAAUUAUGUUUUAAAUCCUACUGGUAUUUUUUAAAGCAAUAUUUCAGGGUUCCAUACUAGUUAAUAUGUAGAGUGGUGGAACCUAUGCUCGCGGUAUUUUGUACAUAUAUAAUCUUUUUAAGAAGCAAGAAAAAAAUAUUAUUUCGAUUUGCCUAUGCAAAAACUUAAAGUUAUCCUCCUUUUAUCGAAACAUAUUGUUGAUGUGCGUCAUCACGUGACUUGGUCGUCUCGUGAGCUAUCGACACGGCAUACGUGAAAAGGUGAAAAUUCGCCCUGAAGGGAACCUAUGCUGGCGGUAUGUAAUAUCGAUUAAACUAAGGACGAAAAAAAAAAUUCAGCAGGCUUAAAAUGAACAAACAAGCAUAUGCGAAUAUAAUAUUUAGCACAUUACUCAUUUAUUAUGUGAAAAACAAAAGAAAUGAGGAUAAUAUUUAGUAUGUGCCUCUAUGUGUAUAUUUCCCUUACAGAAAAAGAGUCACUAUUAGAACAAAGCUUAAAAACGUAUAAUAAUGUUGUUUAAAAACAGAAUGUUCAAGUAUUAAAGAUUCAAACAACGACAGUGAUUAACUCGCUAAUGUUUUCUACACUUCUUUUUUUGUUUAGGAAAUUUACUCCUCCCUACAUCUCAGAAAGAACCAUUUAGUGCGAUCAAUUCGUAACAGAAAAUGCCAAAAUACUUCAGAAAAUGGGAAAAGCACCAAAAUUGGCACAGCUAUUUAUUAAAGCAUUAGAAACAUUUUUUUCAUGGGACCCAUUUGAUAUCUGUCAAGAUGGCCGAUAUGGCGGCCAUUUUCCAAAAUGGCCACCAAAACUCAAUAUUUACUUUAGAAGAUUCUAAUGAAAGGUCAUUAUAUUUACAUUCAUCCCCAAAAUGCACUAAAUAUAAAUGUAUAUAAUAAAAUAAAUCCUAAAUUUGCAUCAAAUGCAAAAAUAACAAUUCAAAUGAUGUUAGUUUCUUUCUGUUUCCAUGGUAACGGCAAAAAUCUAACCUUUAAAACUUAGUUUAAUAUUAUCAUUGUGUAGUUUUCAUAUUUUAAAGAAUAUUUUGUUUUAAUAUAUGUAAUUUAUAUUA